AUGGCCGCCUUCGUGCGCGUUUCAGGUCCGGCGAAUGGCAAUUUCCUCCUAGGGUAUCCAGGCAUCUCUGCGACUAUGCCCCGAGUGGAAGGUAAAGUCGAGAUCAGGCCAAUUUCUGGUAUAUCGGCCCCCGUCAAUGUCUCCCUGGUCACCAUUUCCCUCCUUCGGCGCGAAACCAUCCACCCAUCCGCAGAUUCCGUGACCAAGAAGCGCCUGGCACCGCCGCGCAAGGAAGUGACCGAUAUUGUGGGCAAGGAGAUGCUUUUGUUUCGAUGUCCUGCCGGACGAGAAUAUGAAGAGGUCAUCGCCAUGGACCUGCCGUUUGUACUAUUCAUUCCAUUCGGCCGUGGGGGCCGAGAUGCCUCACGUCGAGUGCCGCCAGCGAGUCUCCAGCUGCCUAGCCGAACGGCCGAGACAUAUUACGAGAUGGUCGUCAUGGUACAGCAGGGGCACUCCGACCAACGAAAAUACACCUUCCCCGUCCCUAUCGCCCGCUAUGACACCCUAUCAACGUUUGGCAUGUACAAUCGCCCAGAGUCCGCCGAGCGUGUAUCGGAUCAUCUUGUCACCUUAGCCAUAUCUCUUCCUCGGUGGUCUUACGGUCCAUUAGACCCUGUGAGUGUUUAUGUCAAGUUAACUCCAAAUCAAGACUGGAUGGGCAAGGCGCGCAAGGUGACUAUCAAUAAGAUCACCAUUGGGAUCGACGAAGAGAUCAUCUUCAAUCACGAGGGCGAUGAGCCCACCCGCAAAGUGAAAACAAUCGCAAAAAAGACCGAUACUAUCGGCGUCAAACUUCCUCAAUCAGGCUACCUCACAAACUUGGGCUUGGUCUUCCCCGCAAAAGAUCUACGAGACUCCGAAGGCAUCUUACCACGCAGCCGGACCGCAUUUCCAAUGUACAGUGUCAGUGGGUUUACGACAACUGCUAGCUUAUACAAGAUUGAGUACUAUCUCACCGUGCGGGCUCAUUUAACUUCCGCACGAGAUAUCACGAUUCGCCAGCCAAUCGUCGUCUGCCCCCUCGAUCACGCCGGUUGCAAAGAAGAAAUGGAGGCGAUCGAGCAAGCAGCACGGGACGCCACCCACGUAAACCCUGAUAACCCCAUGCUCCCACUACCAUCGAUUGUGCGGCCCAACGAUCCUAAUGCCCUCAGCUAUAUCGGAGUCGCAAUGGUCGGCAACCAGAAAAAGCCCCUCAUCGACUGA